ACGAAGGUAAAGGCCACCGAACUCCGUGGAAAGCCGGAGCCUGAGCUCCAGAAACAGCUUGGUGAACUUAAGUCCGAGCUAUGUAACCUACGUCUCUUUCGAGUGACACGCGGGGCGGCUUCAAAGCUCAAGAAGAUACGCGUCCUGCGGAAAUCCAUCGCUCGUGUAUAUACGGUUAUGCAUCAGGCGCAGAAGCUUCGCCAGCGUGAGGCCUACCGGAAGAAGCGAUACGUUCCCAAGGACCUCCGCCCUAAGAAGACACGCGCUAUCCGUCGGCGACUUAGCAAGCGGGAGCGAUCAAUUCACUCGGAAAAGAUGCUCCGGAAGAUGAGGUCUUGCCCUCCGCGAAAGUUUGCUGUUAUGGCUUAA